CUUUAAAAAAAGCAUCAUUUUGGAUCUUAGACCACUGUCGAGAGGAAAAUGGCAUCAGCACAUGACAGAGCAGUUUUACAGGCCAUCUUUAACCCUACCAGCCCUUUUGGAGAUAUCCCUGGAUUAAAUCAAGAAGAUGAGCUGACAGACGAUGACAGUGUUUUUGACCCAGAGCUAGUGAAACAGGUGAAAGAUCUGGAACUGCAGGGAGUUUCGGCUGCUGAGUCUGGAGACCUGCCCGCUGCUCUUCAGCAUUUUAACCAGGCCAUCAGGAUCCUGCCUCAGAGGGCUUCAGCCUACAACAACCGAGCCCAGACCAAACGCCUGCAGGGAGACACCAAAGGUGCAGUGGACGAUCUGGAGCGUGCCAUUUCUUUCAGCAGCGGCAUUGGGCGAUCAGCCUGCCAGGCUCUGGUCCAGCGUGGGCUCCUUCUUAGGUUGACGGGUCGUGAUGAGGAGGCUCGGGUGGACUUUGAGAAGGCAGCAGCUCUAGGCAGUGAGUUUGCUCGGCAGCAGACUGUGAUCUUGAACCCCUACGCUGCCCUAUGCAACCGCAUGCUGUCAGAGGUCAUCAAUAAACUACGUAACCCAGAAAUGUCAGACAUGCCAUAGAGAUGGAAAAUAUGGAUGGGAAGUAUAUACAUUGUGUUGUAACAAAGGCAUACAUUUAUUAGCUUUGUACUUCCCUGGUUUUCAUAAGUGAAUAAAGUCAAAUCUUUUUCAGGUGAUUGUCACUUUGGGGGACAUGUGGAGAAUUAAUGAAUAUAUGCAUAUUCAUAUAUAUAUAUAUAUAUAUAUAUAUAUAUUAAUAGAUAGAUAGAUAGAUAGAUAGAUAGAUAGAUAGAUAGAUAGAUAGAUAGAUAAAUAAACUUUUUGAGGGAACUUUAUGACUUUAUGAUGGAAAUAAACUUUUAUAAUAGAAGAGUGAGAAAUAUUUAAGAUACAGGUCACUGAUUAAAUAAGUAAAUGUGUGACAUUGAUUAUGUGAUUGUUUGUACAGAUUCUAAAAUCAUGCUAAAGAAAAACUGAAGAUUUUAUACACUUGAGUGUUGCUGUCAUUAAUCCAAGGACAAAAAGACAUUGUUUUGUUUUAUAAACGUAUAAAUCAAAUUGUUAUGCCGACAGUAUAAUUUGUCACGAACCAGGUAUUAAAUGCAAAAUAGAAGCAUUUUCAUAAGUGUUCUUUGGCAUCUUACUAAAUAUUAUACAUAUAUAAUAUUAAAGUGAUAGUUCACCUGAAAAUGAAAAUUCUGUCAUCAUUUAGCCACUGACUUCUAUAGUAUAUAUAUAUAUAUAUAUAUAUAUAUAUAUAUAUAUAUAUAUAUAUAUAUACACUACUGUAGAAGUCAAUGGCUUCUGGCAACUGUUUGGUUAAUAACCUUCUUCAAAAUAUUUUAUUCUGUGUUCAGCAGAAGAUAUAAAUGUGUACAGGUUUGGGACAACAUAAGUGUGAAUAAAUUAUGACAAUACGA